UGGUGUAUCCCAAAAGAAGAAAAAUACAGUACGUUUUAAUUUUAUCUCUAAUGGCUUUGAUUAGCUUGUUUGAAAUCUCCAUUGCUUUCUUUUGUUUUCUCCUCUUCCGAUAUUUCUUGAUCAACAAGAAACCUCACCGUUUGUGUCCAACAAACUGGCCAUUCCUUGGUAUGAUUCCAGGCAUGCUCGCCGAGAUCCAUCGUGUUUACGACUUUGUAACCGAUAUUCUCGAGGUCACAAACUUAACCUAUCCUUGUGUUGGCCCCUUAUUCUCCGGCCUAGACAUGUUGGUCACGGUUGAUCCGGCUAAUAUCCACCACAUCAUGAGCUCAAACUUCGCAAACUACCCGAAAGGACCCGAGUUCAAGAAGUUAUUCGACGUUUUGGGAGAUGGGAUUUUCAAUGCAGAUUCGGACUUGUGGAAGGAUCUGAGGAAAUCAGCCCAAAACAUGAUGAUGAACCCCGAGUUUCAAAAGUUUUCAUUAGCUACAAGCUUGAAUAAGCUAGAGAAAGGGCUUGUCCCACUUCUUGACCAUGCAGCUAAUGAGAAACUCGCUGUGGACUUACAAGACAUGUUCCAACGUUUUACGUUCGACACUACUUUUGUUUUAGCCACCGGGUAUGAUCCAGGUUGUCUCUCCCUCGAAAUGCCGGAAGUCGAGUUUGCAAGAGCUUUAGACGAUGCAGAGGAAGCCAUUUUCUACAGACAUGUCAAGCCGGAGAUCUUUUGGAGGAUCCAAGGCUUGCUUGGGUUAGGAGAUGAGAAGAAGAUGACGAAAGCUCGUAAGACUUUAGAUCGUGUUUGCUCCGAGUGCAUAGCUUCAAGGAGAGAUGAGAUAAGCAGUGGGAUUAACAAUGUUGAUUCUCCUUCUAAAGAUUUGCUGACGUCUUACAUGAACUUGGACACGGCCAAGUACAAGUUGCUAAAUCCAAGCGAUGACAGAUUCCUCAGAGACACAGUUCUGACCUUCAUGUUAGCUGGUCGUGAUACGACAGGAUCUGGACUCACUUGGCUCUUCUGGCUUCUCUGUCAAACCCCAGAAGUCAUGGCCAAGAUUCGUCAAGAAAUCAACAAAAACCUGACCGAUGGUUCUGAGUCUGGUGUUGAUUCUGGUUCAUUCAACCCCCAGGAGUUAAAGAAGCUGGUGUAUCUACAUGGAGCGAUUUGUGAAGCGCUCAGACUCUAUCCACCUGUUCCCUUUCAACACAAGUCUCCUACUGAAGCGGACGUUCUUCCAAGCGGACACAAAGUCGACGCCAACUCGAAGAUUCUGUUCUGUCUUUACUCAUUAGGGAGAAUGAAAUCGGUUUGGGGAGAAGAUGCAUUGGAAUUUAAACCGGAGAGAUGGAUAUCUGAGAGUGGAAGAUCGGUUCAUGAGCCAUCUUACAAGUUCUUAUCGUUUAACGCGGGUCCAAGAACUUGUUUGGGGAAAGAAGUGGCUCUGAUGCAAAUGAAGACUGUGGCUGUGAAAAUCAUACAGAACUAUGAGAUGAAGAUCGUUGAAGGGCAAAAGAUCGAGCCAGCUCCAUCUGUUAUACUUCACAUGAAGCAUGGUGUUAAAGUCACCGUUACUAAGAGAUGUUUGGUCUGAUUGUUUUUUUUUUAAGUAAUGCGUUUUUUUUUCUUCCUUUCUUCUUGGCAUUUUCAAUCCUCCCUGAGCGAGGAAAUAAGGUCAGCUGAAGCGAU